AUGAGCCAGGACUAUUUCAGCGACAAGGGCAAGGCUCCUGCACGUCUCGAACCGGAUGCCGCCGACACGCCCUCGGCCAAGGACACUACUUCGCCGCCAUCUGCCCGCCCGCAUUAUAUGACGGUCGGCACCGGGUCUGCCUCGGAGCACGCAGCGCACCUUCAAGGCAUGCUAGAUGCGGACUCCGGCUACGGAGCAAGCGUGACGGACGAUGAUCACCGUGCGCUGUCGACGUCAUGGGGCGCGGCCGUCCACCACGAUCGACCACAGUCUGGCGCGCUGCACCAGAUGUGGUACAACUCUCAGCGCGCCACUCUCGGCCGGUCGAUAAACGGCGUGUUGGAGCUGUUGCAGACCCUGCGAGAAAUGAAUUCGUCAUGGCCUGCCCACUAUCCAUCCAUUCACCGAGCAGAAACCACCAGCUCGCCGCGUCCAGGCCUCGGGCAUACUCUGUCGAUGAUGGGAGAUGCCGUCACCGCUCCUUCGAGCGCAGCGCAACCCCCAUCCCUUCGACGAUCAAUGACUUCUGUCGAGGAUGCGUCGGCCGAAUCAAGUCGAAGCGCCGAAAAUCGAACAGCAGCCGAACCGCGGCUCGUCACACCUCAAAUUGCUCAGGAGUUUUCCGUGUUGAAGCUGGACCUGAAGUUGGGAUCUCUUCAUCAGACGGAGUUGGUACACUCCCUGGAAAAGGGAUCGAUCGCCUCGCUCCUUGAUGGCAAGAUCAACUCGAGCAUCAAGCAUCUGCUCUCCCUCCGGGAGCGCAUCGAAGACACAUCGAGCAAGGUACUUAUUACAGGUGACCUCAACGCGGGCAAGUCGACAUUUUGCAAUGGACUCUUGCGACGCAAGGUUUUACCCGAGGACCAGCAGCCCUGCACAGCCAUCUUCUGCGAAGUAUUGGACGCAAGGGAAAACGCCGGAAUUGAGGAAGUGCAUGCCGUCCAUAGGGACACCACGUACAGCCGGACCGACGAAUCUACAUAUGACGUUUUCCCCUUGAAGGAGUUGGAAAGUAUCGUCUCGGACAACACGACAUACACCCAAUGCAAGGUGUACGUGACGGAUGUCCGGUCGAUCGAUGAGUCGCUCCUCAACAACGGCGUCGUAGAUAUUGCACUCAUCGACGCGCCCGGCCUGAACUCGGACACGACGAAAACAACUGCCAUCUUUGCUCGGCAGGAGGAAAUCGACGUCGUUGUCUUCGUCGUGUCUGCGGCGAAUCACUUCACACAAUCGGCCAAAGAAUUCAUCUGGGCUGCUGCUGCUGAAAAGGCUUACAUAUUCAUAGUAGUCAACGGCUACGAUGCGAUCAAGGACAAGGAGCGCUGCCAAAAGCUCAUAUUGGACCAGGUCGCCGGCCUCAGUCCACGUACUUUCAAGGAGUCGUCCGAACUGGUGCACUUCGUGUCCAGCAAUGCAGUUCUGGCUGCCAGGCCCCCACCAGGUGGCCCCGGCGGACCUGGCGACCCCGUGGGCGGCGGCAGCAGCAGCUCUGGCGGUGGAGGCGGCGGAGACGCCCCAGACGAUGACCACAAAGGCAAGGACAAGGACAAGGACCGCGACCUUGGCAAGCUCCGAGACUUUGAGGCACUGGAACAAUCCCUGCGUCGCUUUGUUCUCGAGAAACGAGCCCGGUCCAAACUGGCCCCUGCGAGGACAUACCUUCUUAACAUCCUGAACGAUGUCAACACCUUGGCCUCGGUCAACCAAGAAGUGGCCAAUUCCGAACUGGAGCGGGUCACGAUGGAACUCAAGGAGCUGGAACCCCAACUAGAAUCGGGCCAGAAGGCAAAGGCCGAGGUGGGCGAAGAGGUCGAUCAAAGCAUCGAAGAGACGUGCAGGGAAGUGUACGACCAGACGCGUCGCGAACUCAGCUCGGCCAUCACCCAUGCUGGCCAGGCCAACUACAGCAUUCUGUACCCUGGCUUUCUGAGCGCCUUCCAGUACGCCGAGGAUCUGAAGGAGGCGAUGCUCUCCAGCAUCGCCGAUGCCGUCACGAGUUGCGAAGACCACGCGAGGGACCGGACUGUUCGAGGGGUCAACACCAUCAAGCAACUCGGCCUCUUGCACAUAGGAGACGAGUUCCAGAACCUCCAAUUCCGGCCAGACGUCAUGUUUCGGCGCAGGCGUGAUGCGCUUGCCCGCCAAGUCGACAUUCCCACCGACAUCUGGGACUUUGUCGAUUGGUCGACUCUCCUGCAGCGACAGGAAAAAGUUGCCGGGACGGGUAUGGCCCUCACCAUUGCAGGUGCCGUCGUGCCACGCAUGGUGGGCUUGAACACGUGGAUGGAUCAGGCUCUGGCAGCAACGCGUGUACUGAACAACGAGAACCUUCGGCAGCUUGCGCUCCCUGCGAUUGCCAUAGCUGUCAUCGCCGCGUCGGCCUACGUCUUGCGCCAGAUACCCAAGUCACUACCGCCACGGCUAGCGAACAAGAUCUCAACGCAGCUCACUGAACUCGACUACGUGCACGCUAACGCGUCGCGGAUUUCCUCGUCGGUCCGCAAGGUCCUCCACUUUCCCGCCGACAAUCUUCGCGUUGGGCUGGACCAAAACGUCAAGGAGCUAGGCAAGCGGAGAGAAGAGACGGUCAAGGUCAAGGGUGAGAGCGAACUGGCCUCCAAGUUCUUCCGCGGGCUCGUAGCCAGAAGUCGAGAGCAGCGAAGCAUAGUCGAGGGCGUGGACCUCGACACGCCGCCGUAG